AUGGCAGAUACCGAGGCUCCUGCUCCUCAAAACAUGGAGCCUGAUGUCGCUCUCGACCAGCCUCAAGCAGACGGCCCGCCGCAACCCGACAUGGACUCAAGCCAGGAACUGCACGAUGUACCCCUAGAUACUGCACCGGACUCGCGAGCAGACACAUCUCCGGUCCUCACAUACGAGCCCGACGAGCCAACACGGCAACAAGACGACGCAGCCAUUGAGACAUUGCAUCCGGAGGUUCAACCCACAACUCAGCCUGACCUUCCGUCAGAACAACCCGACCAACCCCUACCGACCAUCACCACUCCCCUCCCAGAACCUAUAUCAACACCACAGUCCGAGAACGUCCCCAAUCAUGCCGUCGACCCUCGUCUCAUCCAGCCUAGUCGCCAACGCACCGACUCGCAGUCCACCACUGCUACCUCUCGCUCGACAACUCGUUCAUCCAUGGUCUUUGUCGUGAGCGCUCUAGAAAAAAUCGCCGCCUCCAAGGAUGCUCGUAAGGAAAAGCCCUUGGCCGACGCUACUCAGCGUGCUUUGACCACAAUUAAGAGCCAGGGAGAUCCGACCCAGACGGAUCCCGAGAUUCUGUUCGCACCUCUGCAAUUGGCUAGUCGCGCGAAUACCGUCGCCAUAGUCACUACUGCUUUGGACUGUAUCGGCAAGCUCAUCAGUUACUCGUACUUUUCUGUUCCCACCGAUCCGAACAAUGAGAACCAGCAGCCCCUACCGCUCAUCGAGCGUGCCAUCGAUACGAUAUGCGACUGCUUCCAAGGCGAGACCACACCCGCCGAGGUGCAGAUGCAGAUUCUCAAAUCUCUAUUGGCUGCCAUUCUCAACGACAAGAUUGUGGUCCAUGGUGCAGGCUUACUCAAGAGUGUUCGUCAAACAUACAACAUAUUUCUGCUAUCCAAGAAUAGCUCCAACCAACAGAUUGCUCAAGGCACCUUGACACAGAUGGUUGGAACCGUUNUUGAGAGAGUAAAAACACGCAUUGCUGGGCGCGCUGUCAGGGUUGAGUCCUCUAAAUCCCCCAUGNCCAACGAUUCUGGUGAAAACAUCGAGUCACUCUCUGAUGGUGCUGACAGCGAGCUACCACGCGCUUCCACCGAUGUGCAAGAAGACGAGGAAGAGGACGUUGAUACGACCAGAAUGACUCUGCAGACAUUCGAGACUAAGAAGAGUUUCGAUGAUGCUCGGAUAGCGGACAAUGCUCCUACUAUGGUCACUCGCCUCAAAAGAUCAAGAAUGCCUGCCCGGACUGCUUCUGGCAAUGACGGUGUCCCUGCCAUUACCGUACAGCCCGAUGGCUCUGAUAUUACUGAGGAGGACGAGGAAGACGAAAUCUUCAUCAAAGACGCCUUCCUGGUAUUCCGCGCAAUGUGCAAGCUCAGUACAAAGACCCUUCGUGUCGAGGAGACUGUUGAUCUGAGAUCUCAAGGCAUGCGUUCCAAGCUGUUAUCUUUGCACAUCAUUCAGACUACCAUCUUCAACCAUCAUGCCAUCUUCACCUCACCAUUUGCGACUAUUCGCAGCAGCUCGAACAACGAUCCCACGAGUUUUACUCAGGCAAUAAAGCAAUAUCUUUGCCUUAGUUUGAGUCGCAACGGAGCUAGCUCUGUCAACAAAGUGUUUGAGAUCAGCUGCGAGAUCUUCUGGCUCAUGAUUCGCUACUUGCGUGUCACGCUCAAAAGAGAAAUCGAGGUUUUCCUCAAGGAGGUCUAUCUAGCAAUCUUGGAUAAGAGGACGGCACCUGCGUUCCAAAAGCAAUGCAUUAUUACCGUCUUGACCAGGCUAGCUUCAGAUCCAAGAGCACUAGUUGAAAUCUACCUCAACUAUGACUGCGAUCGAGCAGCACUCGACAACUUUUACCAACGUAUCAUCGAACAUCUUUCCAGGAUUGCGAGUUCGCCUGUGCAGGUCACGGCGCAGCAAGAACUGCUGUAUAUUGAGCAACAAUCAAAGCAUGGCAAUGCUAUGUCCGAGUGGCUAGCGCAAAGCACUCUGCCUCCAUCCCUUACGACCUCUACAAUCGCUGGUACCUCAGAUGCCAACCAAGACAUACCUCCAGAAUACGUCAUGAAGCAGAACUCCCUCGAGUGUUUAGUUGAGACGUUACGUUCCAUGGUCAAUUGGUCUCAGCAAGGUCUCAACGAUGUUGCUGCAUCACUUUCAAAUCCCGAAUCGCGUAAUUCGAUCGAAGAUUUUAGAGAUUCAAUUGACGCUCGCGAAAAUGGGGUCUCUCAGUCACCGAUGCUACCGAGUGUGGAGGUUUCUGCGAAUGCCGUGUCUGGCACUCCCUUAGCUGAGGAUGAUCCUGCUGAGCUUGAGCGAGUCAAACAACACAAGACCGCGCUUAACAAUGCCAUCAAGCAAUUCAACUUCAAGCCCAAGAAGGGUGUCAAGGUCUUGAUCGCCGGUGGAUUCAUCCCCUCAGAUUCGCCCCAAGAUAUCGCUCGAUUCCUCAUCACCAACGAUAGGCUAGACAAGAAAGCCCUUGGUGAAUACCUAGGAGAAGGUGAACCAGAAAAUAUUGCCAUCAUGCAUGCUUUUGUGGACAGUAUGAAUUUCACCAAGACACGAUUUGUCGAUGCUCUCNGAAACUUCCUGCAAAGUUUCCGUCUACCAGGAGAGGCUCAAAAGAUCGAUCGUCUGAUGUUGAAGUUUGCUGAAAGAUACACGGGAGGCAACCCUAAUGCGUUUGCGAACGCAGAUACUGCUUACGUGCUAGCCUACUCUGUUGUCAUGCUGAACACCGACCAGCACAGUGCACAAGUUAAGGUUCGCAUGACUCCUGAAGACUUCAUCAAGAACAAUCGUGGUAUCAACGAUGGCCAGAGUCUGCCAGAUGAUUACCUCAAGUCUAUCUUCGAGGAAAUUGCCCAGAAUGAAAUUGUCCUGGAUACCGAGCGGGAGAAUGCUGCCAACCUAGGUAUGCUACCUCAGGGCGCUGGUAGCUUGGCUGCAAACAUUGGUCAAGCGGUUGCCAAUUUCGGGCGUGAUUUGCAAAGAGAAGCGUAUGCUCAAGCUUCAGACCAAAUGGCUACCAAGACAGAGCAACUCUUCAAGAACCUCAUGAAAGCCCAGCGUCGUGGAGCUGCCAGGUCAUCUUUGGUGAGGUUCAUUCCUGCAUCCUCUUUCAAACACGUUGGCCCAAUGUUCGAAGUGACUUGGAUGUCUUUCCUGACUGCGCUCUCCGGCGGAACCCAAGAAACAAACAACACCGAAAGGAUCAAGCUCUGCAUGGAGGGUCAAAAGUUGGCCAUUCGCAUUUGCUGCUUGUUCGACCUUACAGAUCCCCGACAGGCUUUCAUCGCUUCCCUUACUCGUUUCACAAAUCUUUACAACAUAGGAGAGAUGAAGGCCAAGAAUAUCGAGGCUCUCAAAGCCGUUCUCGAUGUUGCCCAAAAUGAAGGCAACUUGCUCAAGGACUCAUGGCGAGACGUUCUCACAUGCAUAAGUCAGCUCGACAGAUUCCAACUCAUCUCCACUGGUGUUAAUGAAGGCGAUGUGCCUGAUAUGCUGAGGACGCACUCUUCUACGAGCACCCCUAAUCGCAAAUCUCUAGGCGUUCCUCCUCGUCACCGUAACAGGAACUCCGUCAGUAACAUAAACUACCAGCCUGAUAUUGCUGAAGAGAGUAGAUCUGCAGAUAUGGUUCGCAGUGUUGAUCGUAUCUUUACUAAUACUGCCAAUCUGUCUGGGGAGGCCAUUGUGCACUUUGUCACGGCCCUUACUCAAGUCAGCUGGCAAGAAAUCCAGUCUUCUGGUAACAGCGAGUCUCCCCGUACUUACAGUCUGCAGAAGCUUGUUGAGAUCAGUGGCUACAACAUGACCCGUGUUCGUUUUGAGUGGACAAGCAUCUGGCAAGUGCUAGGUGAACAUUUCAUUCAGGUCGGCUGCCACAACAACACGAACGUCGUUUACUUUGCCCUCAACUCAUUGAGACAAUUAUCCAUGCGUUUCAUGGAGAUCGAGGAAUUGCCUGGUUUCAAGUUCCAANAAGACUUUUUGAAGCCUUUCGAGCACAUUCUCAGCAACGCCACACAAGUCCCCGUCAAGGAUAUGGUCUUGCGCUGUCUAAUCCAGAUGAUCCAAGCUAGAGGAGACAACAUUCGCUCUGGCUGGAAGACUAUGUUUGGUGUCUUCACAGUUGCAGCUCGUGAGCCUUAUGGUAUGUGUUUUGUAUUUGGCAGCAAUGACUUGGUCUAA